CUGAGGCACCACGCUGGCUCUUGCCUGGGGUUCUCAGGAGGGGAGAGUUGAGAGAGGCUUUGCUGCUGAGGAAAUUUAUUUGAUAGAUUGAAGGUUUGAACAGGAGCUACAAAAGCGAAAGGGAAAAAUCCAUAUAAGCCAAUGGUGUCCGGGAAGAAAAUAAGCCCAUUGCCUUGAGUUUGUAGGUGCCACUACUACUCUGGGAAAAUGGCAGAUGACGAAGAAUAUGAGGAGGUGGUGGAGUACUACACGGAAGAAAUAGUCUAUGAGCAGGUGCCAGGGGAGACAAUAACAGAAAUCUAUGAAACCACCACGACGACAACACCUGCCUAUGGACAAUCAGAAACUUACAAACCAGCUCUGGCACAGCCAGUACCGGCAAAGCCAGAGCAGAGGAAGAAGGUUAUCCGGAAGAAAGUGGAUUCUUCAAAGUUCAUGACCCCCUACAUCGAACACAGUCAGAAAAUGCAAAAUCUAUUUAGCCCAAACAAAUACAAGGAGAACUAUGAGAAAGCAAAAGGACAGUCUUAUGCCAUCACUACCGAUACCCCAGAACUUCGCAGAAUCAAGAAAGUACAAGAUCAACUCAGUGAGGUUAAGUAUCGAACGGAUGGUGAUGUCGCUAAAACUAUCUGUCAUGUAGAUGAAAAAGCAAAAGACAUUGAGCAUGCCAAGAAAGUGUCGCAGCAAGUCAGUAAGGUUUUAUACAAGCAGAACUGGGAAGACACCAAGGAUAAGUACCUGCUUCCCCCUGAUGCCCCUGAACUUGUCCAGGCCAUUAAGAACACAGCCAUGUUCAGCAAGAAACUGUACACUGAAGACUGGGACGCCGACAAGAGCUUGUUUUACCCAUAUAACGAUAGCCCGGAGCUGAGAAGGGUCGCCCAAGCCCAGAAAGCUCUCAGUGAUAUUGCCUACAAAAAAGGUCUGGCUGAACAGCAAGCUCAGUUCACAUCUCUGCCAGAUCCUCCAGAUAUAGAAUUUGCCAAGAAAGUGACCAAUCAAGUGAGCAAGCAAAAAUACAAGGAAGACUAUGAAAAUAAAGUCAAAGGCAAAUGGAGUGAGACGCCUUGCUUUGAAGUUGCAAAUGCCAGAAUGAAUGCUGAUAACAUCAGCACAAGGAAAUACCAGGAAGACUUUGAGAAUAUGAAAGACCAGAUCUACUUCAUGCAGACUGAAACCCCAGAGUACAAAGUGAAUAAACAAGCUGGGCUGGCAGCUAGCAAGGUAAAAUACAAAGAAGACUAUGAAAAGAAAAAAGGAAAAGCAGAUUAUAAUGUGCUUCCUGCUUCAGAGAACCCGCUGCUCAGGCAGCUGAAGGCGGCAGGAGAGGUCUUGAGUGAUAAACUGUACAAGGAAAACUAUGAAAAGACAAAGGCAAAGAGCAUAAAUUACUGCGAGACCCCCAAAUUUCAGCUUGAUACAGUUCUGCAGAAUUUCACUAGUGAUACUAAAUACAAAGACGCCUAUGUAAAGGACAUUUUGGGACAUUACGUAGGCAGCCCUGAGGAUCCAUAUCAUGCACACUGCAUGAAAAUUGCAGCUCAAAACAGUGACAAAAACUACAAAGCAGAAUAUGAAGAGGACAGAGGCAGAGGCUUCUUCCCCCAGACCAUAACUCAAGAAUAUGAAGCCAUGAAGAAACUAGAUAAGUGCAAAGACCAUGCCUACAAAGUCCAUCCAGAUAAGACAAAAUUCACUCAAGUUACUGACUCUCCUGUUCUGGUGCAGGCCCAAGUCAAUUCCAAGCAACUGAGCGAUCUCAAUUACAAAGCAAAACAUGAAAAUGAAAAGUUCAAGUGCCACAUACCUCCGGAUACCCCUGCCUUCAUCCAGCACAGAGUCAACGCGUAUAACCUGAGUGACAAUGUUUAUAAGCAAGACUGGGAGAAGGACAAGGCCAAGAAGUUUGACAUCAAAGUGGACGCCAUUCCCUUGCUGGCAGCCAAAGCCAACAGCAGGAUCGCUAGUGAUGUGAUGUACAAGAAAGACUAUGAGAAAAGCAAAGGGAAAAUGAUCGGAGCCCUCAGCAUUAAUGACGAUCCCAAGAUGCUGCACUCUUUGAAGACAGCCAGAAACCAGAGCGAUAGAUUAUACAAGGAAAACUAUGAGAAGACAAAGGCAAAGAGCAUGAAUUACUGCGAGACCCCUAAGUACCAGCUGGAUACUGAGCUGAAGAACUUUAGUGAGGCUAGGUAUAAAGAUUGGUAUGUACAGAAUAUGCUGGGACAUUAUGUAGGCAGCCCUGAGGACCCAUAUCAAGCACACUGCAUGAGAGUUUCAGCUCAAAACAAUGACAAAAAUUACAAAGCAGAAUAUGAAGAAGAUAAAGGGAAAUGCUAUUUCCCUCAGACAAUAACACAGGAAUAUGAAGCAAUCAAGAAGCUGGACCAGUGUAAAGAUCAUACCUACAAAGUUCAUCCAGACAAGACCAAAUUCACUCCUGUCACCGAUACACCUGUACUGUUGCAAGCACAGAGGAACACGAAACAGCUCAGCGAUCUGAAUUACAAAGCAAAACAUGAAGGUGAGAAGUUCAAAUGCAAUGUUCCAGCAGAUGCUCCACAAUUUAUCCAACACAGAGUCAACGCUUAUAACCUGAGUGAUAAUGUUUAUAAGCAAGACUGGGAGAAGGACAAGCCCAAGAAGUUCAACAUCAAAGUGGACGCCAUUCCCCUGCUGGCAGCCAAAGCCAACAGCAGGAUCGCUAGCGAUGUGAUGUACAAGAAAGACUACGAGAAAAGCAAAGGGAAAAUGAUCGGAGCCCUCAGCAUUAAUGACGAUCCCAAGAUGCUGCACUCUUUGAAGACAGCCAGAAACCAGAGCGAUCGUGAAUAUCGCAAAGACUAUGAAAAGUCGAAAACUAUCUACACAGCACCUCUUGAUAUGCUCCAAGUCACUCAAGCUAAGAAAUCUCAGGCAAUUGCCAGUGAUGUGGAUUAUAAGCACCUCUUACACAAUUACAGCUACCCGCCUGAUAGCAUCAACGUGGACCUCGCCAAGAAGGCUUACGCACUGCAGAGUGAUGUUGAAUACAAAGCUGACUACAACAGCUGGAUGAAAGGUUGUGGCUGGGUGCCUUUUGGGUCCUUAGAAAUGGAAAAGGCAAAGCGAGCCUCAGACAUCCUGAAUGAGAAAAAAUAUCGCCAACAUCCAGACACUCUCAAGUUUACCUCAAUUGAAGAUGCUCCAAUUAUAGUACAGUCUAAAAUUAACCAGGCACAGAGGAGUGACAUUGCCUAUAAAGCCAAAGGAGAGGAAAUUCUUCACAAAUAUAACCUGCCAGUGGACCUGCCCCAGUUCAUUCAGGCUAAAGUCAAUGCCUACAAUAUCAGUGAGAAUAUGUACAAAGCUGACUUGAAAGAUCUGACCAAGAAGGGAUAUGACCUGAGAACUGACGCGAUUCCCAUCAAAGCUGCCAAAGCUGCCAGACAGGCGGCGAGUGACGUUCAGUACAAAAAAGAUUAUGAAAAAGCCAAAGGGAAAAUGGUUGGCUUCCAAAGUCUCCAAGAUGAUCCUAAACUAGUUCAUUAUAUGAAUGUGGCCAAGAUACAAUCAGACCGCGAGUAUAAAAAAGACUAUGAGAAGACAAAGACGAAACACAACACACCCCAUGAUAUGUUCAACAUUGUGGCAGCUAAGAAAGCUCAGGAUGUUGCCAGCAAUGUCAACUAUAAGCACUCACUCCAUCAUUACACGUACCUCCCUGAUGCCAUGGACCUGGAGUUGUCUAAAAACAUGAUGCACCUACAGAGUGAUAACGCCUACAAGGAAGAUUACAACACCUGGAUGAAAGGCAUAGGCUGGAUACCUAUCGGCAGUCUGGAUGCAGAAAAAGUUAAAAAGGCAGGUGAUGCCCUGAAUGAAAAGAAGUACAGGCAACAUCCCGACACCCUCAAAUUUACCAGCAUCGUGGACUCUCCGGUUAUGGUCCAGGCGAAACAGAACACGAAGCAAAUCAGCGAUGUUUUAUACAAAGCUAAAGGAGAAGAUGUGAAACAUAAAUUCACUAUGAGUUCUGAUCUUCCUCAGUUUCUCCAGGCCAAGUGCAAUGCUUACAAUAUAAGUGAUGUCUGUUAUAAGCGGGACUGGCAUGAUCUAAUAGCCAAGGGCAACAAUGUGCUGGGAGACGCUAUUCCCAUCGCUGCAGCCAAAGCCUCAAGAAACAUUGCCAGUGAUUAUAAAUACAAGGAAGCUUAUGAGAAGUCAAAGGGAAAGCACGUGGGUUUUAGAAGCCUCCAGGAUGAUCCCAAGCUGGUCCACUACAUGAAUGUGGCAAAGUUGCAGUCUGACCGUGAAUACAGGAAGAAUUACGAGAACACCAAAACCAGCUACCAUACCCCUGGGGACAUGGUCAGCAUUACAGCUGCAAAGAUGGCCCAGGAUGUUGUCACCAAUGUCAACUACAAACAGCCGAUCCAUGAUUACACAUACCUGCCUGAUGCCCUGAGCCUUGAGCAUACCAGGAAUGUGAACCAGAUUCAGAGUGAUAAUGUGUAUAAAGACGAGUAUAACAACUUCUUCAAAGGCAUUGGAUGGAUCCCUAUUGGUUCUCUGGAGGCUGAGAAGGUCAGGAAAGCAGGUGAUGCCUUAAAUGAGAAGAAGUAUCGUCAGCACCCAGAUACCAUCAAGUUCACAAGUGUGCCUGAUUCCAUGGGCAUGGUUUUGGCUCGGCAGAACACAAAGCAGCUAAGUGAUUUGAACUACAAGAUAGAAGGGGAGAAACUGAAGCACAAGUACACUAUGGACCCCGAAUUGCCUCAGUUUAUUCAAGCCAAAGUCAAUGCCCUCAAUAUGAGUGAUGCUCAUUAUAAAGCAGACUGGAAGAAAACCCUUGCUAAGGGCUGUGUUUUAGGAUCAGAUGCCAUACCAAUUGUUGCUGCAAAAAGUUCAAGGAAUAUUGCCAGUGAUUUCAAAUAUAAGGAGGCUUACGAGAAAGCCAAAGGCAAGCAAAUUGGAUUUCUCAGUCUUCAGGAUGAUCCUAAACUGGUCCACUACAUGAAUGUAGCCAAAAUGCAGUCCGAUCGUGAAUACAAAAAGGGUUAUGAAGCCAGCAAGACCAGGUAUCACACACCCUUGGAUAUGCUCAGUGUGACAGCAGCCAAGAAAUCUCAGGAGGUCGUUACCAACACCAACUACAGACAGCCCUUCCACUGCUACACUCUGCUGCCUGAUGCCUUGAAUGUGGAGCACUCCAGGAACGCCAUGCAGAUUCAGAGUGACAAUCUAUACAAAUCUGACUUCAACUGGAUGAAGGGGAUCGGCUGGAUACCAAUCCAGUCGCUGGAGGUGGAGAAGGCGAGGAAAGCAGGAGACAUCCUCAGUGAGAAAAAGUAUCGGCAACAUCCUGAGAAGCUGAAGUUCACUUACGCCAUGGACACAAUGGAACAAGCCCUUAACAAGAGUAACAAACUGAUCAUGGACAAGAGGCGCUACACUGACAAGUGGAACAAAGACAAGACCACUAUUCAUGUGAUGCCUGAUACCCCAGACAUUCUACUCUCCAGAAUGAACCAGAUCACGAUGAGUGAUAAACUGUACAAAGCUGGCUGGGAAGAAGAAAAGAAGAAAGGCUAUGACAUGACACCUGAUGCCAUCCCGAUAAAGGCUGCUAAAGCCUCUCGGGACAUUGCCAGUGAUUACAAAUAUAAGCAAGCCUAUGAACAAACCAAAGGGAAACACAUUGGCUUCCGGAGCCUAGAGGACGACCCCAAGUUGGUGCACUUCAUGCAGGUGGCCAAGAUGCAGUCAGACCGGGAAUACAAGAAGGGAUAUGAGAAAUCCAAGACAUCCUUCCACACCCCGGUGGACAUGUUAAGUGUGGUGGCAGCCAAGAAGUCUCAGGAAGUGGCCACCAACACUAACUACAGGAACCUGAUCCAUACCUACAACAUGCUUCCCGAUGCCAUGAGCUUCGAACUAGCCAAAAAUAUGAUGCAGAUUCAAAGUGACAAUCAGUACAAAGCUGACUAUGCUGAUUUCAUGAAGGGCAUUGGAUGGCUCCCUCUGGGCUCCCAGGAGGCUGAGAAAAACAAGAAAGCCAUGGAGAUUAUUAGUGAAAAGAAGUACCGCCAACGCCCAGACACUUUGAAGUAUUCCUCAUUGAUGGACUCAAUGAACAUGGUUUUGGCUCAAAAUAAUGCAAAAAUUAUGAAUGAACACCUCUAUAAACAAGCAUGGGAGGCUGACAAGACCAAAGUCCACAUCAUGUCUGAUAUCCCCCAGAUUGUUCUGGCAAAGGCAAAUGCAAUUAACAUGAGUGAUAAACUCUACAAGCUUUCUUUGGAAGAGGCUAAAAAGAAAGGCUGUGAUCUCAGAGCUGAUGCAAUUCCUAUCAAAGCUGCCAAGGCUUCAAGAGAUAUUGCAAGUGAUUAUCAAUACAGACACAAUUAUGAAAAGGAGAGGGGCAAAAUGGUUGGCUUCCGCAGUCUUGAGGAUGACCCCAAAUUAGUCCAUUCCAUGCAAGUGGCUAAGAUGCAAUCUGAUCGGGAGUACAAGAAGAACUAUGAGAAGACGAAGACCAGCUACCACACCCCUGCCGACAUGCUCAGUGUCACAGCUGCCAAGGAUGCUCAAGCCAAUAUCACCAACACCAACUACAAGCACCUGAUUCACAAGUACAUCCUUCUUCCAGAUGCCAUGAGCAUUGAGCUGACCAGGAAUAUGAACCGCGUACAGAGUGAUAAUGAAUAUAAACAGGACUACAAUGAAUGGUACAAAGGGCUUGGCUGGAGUCCAGCUGGUUCCCUAGAAGUGGAGAAGGCCAAGAAAGCAACUGAAUAUGCCAGUGAUCAGAAAUACCGCCAGCACCCUAGCACCUUCCAGUUUAAGAAGCUGACCGACUCCAUGGACAUGGUUCUUGCCAAACAGAACGCACAUACCAUGAACAAGCACUUAUACACCAUUGACUGGAACAAAGAUAAAACCAAGAUUCAUGUGAUGCCAGAUACACCAGAUAUUUUACAAGCCAAGCAGAAUCAAAUCCACUACAGUGAGAAACUUUAUAAACUUGGAUGGGAAGAAGCUUUGAAGAAAGGCUAUGACCUUCCACUUGAUGCAAUUUCUGUGCAGGCAGCCAAGGCUUCAGGAGACAUUGCUAGUGAUUUUAAAUACAAACAAGGUUAUCGCAAGCAACUCGGCCACCAUAUUGGAUACCGGAGUCUGCAAGAUGAUCCAAAGCUUGUGUUGUCCAUGAAUGUAGCCAAAAUGCAGAGUGAAAGAGAAUACAAGAAGGACUUUGAGAAGUGGAAAACCAGGUACACCAGCCCAGUGGACACGUUGGGAGUGGUGCUGGCCAAGAAAUGUCAGGCCUUGGUCAGUGACGUGGACUAUAAGAAUUACCUGCACCAGUGGACAUGCCUGCCCGACCAGAACGAUGUUAUUCACGCUAAAAAAGCUUAUGAACUACAGAGUGAGAAUAUUUAUAAGUCUGACCUUGAGUGGCUGAAAGGCAUAGGAUGGAGUCCCCUGGGUUCUUUGGAGGCAGAAAAGAACAAGAAAGCUUCAGAAAUCAUUAGUGAGAAGAAAUAUCGUCAGCCUGCAGACAAAAACAAGUUCACCAGCAUUCCUGAUGCCAUGGACAUAGUUCUGGCAAAGACGAAUGCCAAAAAUAGGAGUGAUAAACUCUACCGAAUGGGUUAUGAGGAGCUGAAGAAAAAAGGUUAUGAUCUUCCACUUGAUGCCAUACCCAUCAAAGCAGCCAAAGCAUCCCGAGAAAUUGCCAGUGAAUACAAGUACAAGGAAGGUUUUCGCAAGCAGCUUGGCCACCACAUUGGAGCCCGGGACAUCAAAGAUGACCCCAAGAUGAUGUGGUCCAUGCAUGUGGCCAAGAUCCAGAGUGACAGGGAGUACAAGAAGGACUUUGAGAAGUGGAAGACCAAGUUCAGCAGCCCAGUGGACAUGCUGGGGGUGGUCCUGGCCAAGCAGUGCCAGACCUUAGUCAGUGAUGUGGACUAUAAGAACUACCUGCACGAGUGGACGUGCCUGCCCGACCAGAACGACGUCAUCCACGCUCGGCGGGCCUACGACCUCCAGAGUGACAAUUUGUACAAGGCCGACCUUCAGUGGCUCAAGGGCAUUGGCUGGCUACCUAGUGGCUCUCUUGAGGAUGAGAAGAACAAGAGAGCAACCCAGAUUUUGAGUGACCAUGUUUACCGUCAGCACCCAGAUAAAUUCAAGUUUUCCAGCCUUAUGGACUCCAUCCCGAUGGUUUUGGCAAAAAAUAAUGCUAUUACCAUGAACCAUCGCCUCUAUACAGAAGCUUGGGAUAAAGAUAAAACUACUGUCCACAUUAUGCCAGAUACCCCUGAAGUUUUACUGGCUAAACAAAACAAAAUAAAUUACAGUGAGAAACUAUAUAAACUUGGUCUAGAAGAAGCCAGGAAUAAAGGCUGUGAUAUGCGCUUAGAUGCCAUUCCCAUCAGAGCUGCCAAGGCCUCCAGAGAUAUUGCAAGCGAAUUCAAGUACAAAGAAGGCUAUCGUAAGCAGCUCGGCCACCACAUUGGUGCCCGAGCGAUACAUGACGACCCUAAGAUGAUGUGGUCCAUGCAUGUGGCCAAGAUCCAGAGUGACAGGGAGUACAAGAAGGACUUUGAGAAGUGGAAGACCAAGUUCAGCAGCCCAGUGGACAUGCUGGGGGUGGUCCUGGCCAAGCAGUGCCAGACCUUAGUCAGUGAUGUGGACUAUAAGAACUACCUGCACGAGUGGACGUGCCUGCCCGACCAGAACGACGUCAUCCACGCUCGGCGGGCCUACGACCUCCAGAGCGACAACAUGUACAAGUCUGAUCUCCAGUGGCUGAAGGGCAUCGGCUGGGUUCCCAUUGGCUCUUUGGAUGUGGAAAAAUGCAAAAGGGCAACUGAAAUUCUGAGUGAUAAAAUCUACCGCCAGCCUCCAGACAAGUUCAAAUUUACCAGUGUAACUGAUUCUCUGGAGCAAGUGUUGGCCAAGAAUAAUGCCAUCAACAUGAACAAGCAUUUAUACACGGAAGCCUGGGACAAAGACAAGACCCAGAUCCACAUCAUGCCAGACACACCAGAAAUUAUGUUAGCAAGAAUGAACAAAAUCAACUACAGUGAGACUCUGUAUAAACUUGCCAACGAAGAAGCAAAGAAGAAAGGCUAUGACUUGCGAAGCGAUGCCAUCCCAAUCGUGGCAGCCAAGGCCUCCAGGGACAUCGCCAGUGAUUACAAAUACAAAGAUGGGUACCGCAAGCAGCUUGGCCAUCACAUUGGAGCCCGGGACAUUAGUGACGACCCCAAGAUGAUGUGGUCCAUACACGCGGCCAAGAUCCAGAGUGACAGGGAGUACAAGAAGGACUUUGAAAAGUGGAAGACCAAGUUCAGCAGCCCAGUGGACAUGCUGGGGGUGGUCCAGGCCAAGAAGUGCCAGACCUUAGUCAGUGAUGUGGACUAUAAGAACUACCUGCACGAGUGGACGUGCCUGCCCGACCAGAACGACGUCAUCCACGCUCGGCAGGCCUACGACCUCCAGAGUGAUAAUGUUUACAAGUCUGAUCUCCAGUGGCUGAAAGGCAUUGGCUGGGUCCCCAUUGGGUCUGUGGAUGUGGUCAAGUGCAAGAGAGCUGCAGAGAUACUGAGUGACAACCUCUACCGCCAGCCUCCGGAGAAGCUGAAAUUUACCAGUGUAACUGACACCCCGGAGCAGGUGCUGGCCAGGAGCAAUGCCAUCAACAUGAACAAGUACAAAUACAAAGAUGGUUACCGCAAGCAGCUCGGCCAUCACAUUGGAGCCCGGAACGUUAAUGAUGACCCCAAGAUGAUGUGGUCCAUACACGCGGCCAAGAUCCAGAGUGACAGGGAGUACAAGAAGGACUUUGAAAAGUGGAAGACCAAGUUCAGCAGCCCAGUGGACAUGAUGGGGGUGGUCCAGGCCAAGAAGUGCCAGACCUUAGUCAGUGAUGUGGACUAUAAGAACUACCUGCACGAGUGGACGUGCCUGCCCGACCAGAACGACGUCAUCCACGCUCGGCGGGCCUAUGACCUCCAGAGUGACAACUUCUAUCGCCAGGCUAUGGAAGAGGCCAAGAAAGAAGGCUGUGACUUGAGAAGUGACGCCAUUCCCAUUGUGGCUGCCAAGGCCUCCCGGGACAUUGCUAGUGAUUACAAAUACAAAGAAGCUUAUCGCAAGCAGCUGGGUCACCACAUUGGCGCCCGAGCGGUGCAAGAUGACCCCAAGAUUAUGUGGUCUAUCCACAUUGCCAAAGUCCAGAGUGACCGUGAGUACAAGAAAGAAUUUGAGAAGUACAAGACGAGGUACAGCAGCCCAGUGGACAUGCUUGGUAUCGUUUUGGCCAAGAAAUGUCAGACGUUGGUCAGUGAUGUGGACUAUAAGCAUCCUUUGCAUGAGUGGACCUGCCUGCCUGACCAGAACGACGUCAUCCAGGCUCGGAAAGCUUAUGACCUCCAGAGUGAUAAUUUGUAUAAGUCAGACCUUGAAUGGCUGAAAGGCAUUGGCUGGGUUCCGAUUGGGUCCUUUGAAGUUCUGAGAGCCAAGAGAGCCGCAGAGAUCCUGAGUGAUAAUAUCUACCGCCAGCGACCAGAGACACUGAAAUUUACCUGUGUAACUGACACUCCAGAGCAGGUGCUGGCAAAAAGUAAUGCUAUAAACAUGAAUAAGCGACUGUAUACUGAAGCCUGGGACAAUGAUAAGAAAACAAUCCAUGUCAUGCCUGAUACACCAGAAAUCAUGCUAGCCAAACUCAACCGAAUAAACUACAGUCAUAAACUCUAUAAACUUGCUUUGGAAGAGUCCAGGAAGGAAGGCUGUGACUUACGUUUGGAUGCUAUUCCAAUCCAAGCAGCCAAGGCUUCAAGAGAGAUUGCUAGUGAUUACAAGUACAAGGAAGGCUACCGCAAGCAGCUCGGUCACCACAUUGGGGCCCGUAAGAUUGAGGAUGACCCCAAGAUGAUGUGGUCUAUCCAUGCGGCCAAGAUCCAGAGCGAGAGGGAGUACAAGAAGGACUUUGAGAAGUGGAAGACCAAGUUCAGCAGCCCAGUGGACAUGAUGGGGGUGGUCCAGGCCAAGAAGUGUCAGGUCCUUGUAAGCGACAUAGACUACAAGCAUCCCCUACACGAAUGGACCUGUCUGCCCGAUCAGAAUGACAUCAUUCAGGCUCGGAAGGCCUACGACCUUCAGAGUGAUGCUAUUUACAAGGCUGAUCUUGAGUGGCUGAGAGGCAUUGGAUGGGUACCCAUUGGCUCUGUACAGGUGGAGCAUGUCAAGAGAGCUGGAGAUAUCCUGAGUGAGAGAAAGUACCGCCUGCCUGCAGAGCAGCUCAAAUUCACAUGCAUUACAGACACCCCAGAGAUUGUCCUGGCAAAAAAUAAUGCCCUGACAAUGAGCAAGCAUUUAUAUACAGAAGCUUGGGAUACUGAUAAAACCUCCAUCCAUGUGAUGCCAGACACCCCAGGAAUCAUUCUGGCCAAGACCAAUUCUGCCAAUAUCAGCCAAAAACUUUACACCAAGGGAUGGGAUGAAUCAAAGAUGAAGGACUAUGAUCUGAGAGCUGAUGCUAUUUCCAUCAAAAGUGCUAAGGCUUCGAGGGACAUUGCCAGUGACUACAAAUAUAAAGAAGCGUAUGAGAAACAGAGAGGCCACCACAUUGGAGCCCGGAGCGUUGAGGAUGACCCCAAGAUUAUGUGUGCCAUACACGCAGGGAAGAUUCAAAGUGAAAGGGAGUACAAGAAGGAUUUCCAGAAGUGGAAGACCAAGUUCAGCAGCCCAGUGGACAUGUUAGGCAUCUUGCUGGCCAAGAAAUGUCAGAUUCUUGUCAGUGACAUUGAUUAUCGGAACUACCUGCAUCACUGGACAUGCUUACCCGACCAAAAUGACAUUAUCCAAGCCAAGAAGGCCUAUGAUCUUCAGAGUGACAGUGUGUAUAAAGCAGACCUGGAAUGGCUGCGCGGCAUUGGCUGGAUGCCAGAAGGCUCCGUAGAAAUGAACAGGGUGAAGGUUGCCCAAGACCUGAUAAAUGAAAGACUCUAUAGAACACGGCCGGAAGCCUUGACGUUCACCUCCAUUGUUGACACCCCAGAAGUUGUCCUGGCAAAAGCUAAUUCUCUGCAAAUGAGUGAGAAACUAUAUCAGGAAGCAUGGAAUAAAGAUAAAGCCAACAUCAGCAUUCCUCCUGACACACCAGUCAUGCUACAGGCCCACAUCAAUGCCUUGCAGAUCAGCAAUAAACUCUACCAGAAAGACUGGGAUGAAGCCAAACAGAAAGGCUAUGACAUAAAGGCAGAUGCCAUUGAAAUCAAACGUGCCAAAGCCUCCAGAGAAAUUGCCAGCGAGUACAAAUACAAAGAAGGUUACCGUAAGCAACUGGGCCACCAUGUGGGUUUCCGUACCCUACAAGAUGACCCCAAAUUGGUAUGGUCUAUACAUGCUGCCAAGAUCCAGAGUGACAGAGAAUACAAGAAAGCGUAUGAGAAGUCUAAAGGAAUUCACAAUACACCAUUGGACAUGAUGUCAAUUGUCCAGGCCAAGAAAUGCCAGGUCCUGGUUAGCGACAUUGAUUAUCGCAAUUAUCUGCACCAGUGGAUAUGUCUGCCAGAUCAGAAUGAUGUGAUCCAAGCUAAGAAAGCCUACGAACUGCAGAGCGAUAAUGUGUACAAGUCAGACCUGGAGUGGUUGAAGGGUAUAGGAUGGUUGCCAGAGGGCUCUGUGGAAGUGAUGAGAGUGAAGAAUGCCCAGAACCUCCUGAAUGAAAGAUUGUAUCGUAUAAGGCCAGAGGCCCUCAAAUUCACCAGCAUUGCUGAUACCCCUGAAAUCAUCAUGGCAAAGAUCAACUCUGUACAGAUCAGUGAGCCAUUGUAUCGUGAUGCCUGGGACAAAGAGAAGGCUAAUGUGAAUAUGCCACCUGACACCCCAUUGAUGCUGCAGUCUAAGAUCAACUCCAUACAGAUCAGCAAUAAAAAAUAUCAGCAAGCUUGGGAAGACGUCAAGAUGACAGGUUAUGACCUGCGAGCAGAUGCCAUAGGUUUCCAACGUGCCAAAGCUUCCAGGGAUAUUGCCAGUGAUUAUCUGUACAAAAAUGCUUAUGAGAAACAAAAAGGCCAUUAUAUUGGAUGUCGCAAUGCCAAAGAAGACCCUAAACUGGUCUGGGCAGCAAAUGUGUUGAAGAUGCAGAAUGAUAGGCUGUACAAAAAGGUCUACAAUGACCACAAGGCCAAGAUCACCAUCCCAGUAGACAUGGUGUCCAUCAGUGCUGCCAAAGAAGGCCAGGCAUUAGCAAGCGAUGUGGACUAUCGCCAGUACCUGCACCAGUGGUCUUGCUUUCCCGACCAGAACGAUGUGAUCCAAGCCAGGAAAGCCUAUGACCUGCAGAGUGAUGCCAUCUAUAAAGCCGACUUGGAGUGGUUGCGUGGCAUUGGCUGGAUGCCUGAAGGGUCCCCUGAGGUACUGAGAGUCAAAAAUGCCCAGAAAAUCUUAGUAGACAGUGUGUAUCGGACACCUGUGGUGAAUCUCAAGUACACGAGUAUCCCUGACACACCUGACGUUAUCCUUGCCAGAUCUAAUGCUGAAAAUAUUAGUAUUCCAAAGUACAGAGAAGUUUGGGACAAGGAUAAAACUUCAGUCCACAUAAUGCCAGAUACUCCAGAAUUCAAUCUCGCUAGAGCCAACGCUCUUAAUGUGAGCAAUAAAAUCUACCGCGAAGGUUGGGAUGAAAUAAAGAUGAGCUGCGAUGUGCGGUUGGAUGCCAUCCCUAUCCAGGCUGCCAAAGCCUCCAGGGAGAUUGCCAGUGAUUAUAAAUACAAGCUUGACCAUGAGAAGCAGAAGGGACACUACGUGGGUACCCCCACAGCCAGAGAUGACAACAAGAUCCGGUGGGCACUCAUAGCUGGCAAGAUUCAGAAUGAAAGGGAGUACCGCCUGCAGUGGGCCAAAUGGAAGACCAAGUUCCAAAGCCCUGCAGAUAUGCUUUCCAUCUUGCAAUCCAAAAAAUGCCAGACCCUGGUCAGCGACAUUGAUUAUCACAAUUACCUGCACGAGUGGACGUGCUUACCUGACCAGAAUGACGUGAUUCAGGCCAAGAAAGCCUACCAGCUGCAAAGCGACGCUGUUUACAAAGCCGACUUAGAAUGGUUACGUGGGAUCGGGUGGAUGCCAAAUGAUUCUGUUUCUGUCAAUCACGCCAAACAUGCUGCGGAUAUCUUCAGUGAGAAAAAAUAUCGCACAAAAAUAGAAACUCUCGAUUUUACUCCUGUGGAUGACAGAGUUGAUUAUGUGACAGCAAAGCAAAGUGGUGAGAUCCUGAAUGAUAUUAAAUACCGGAAACACUGGCAUGACACCAAAUCAAAGUACACCCUCACAGAAACCCCUCUGCUGCACAUGGCCCAGGAGGCAGGCCGGAUUUUGGACCAGUAUCUCUACAAGGAAGGCUGGGAGAAGCAAAAAGCCACAGGUUAUAUUUUGCCUCCGGAUGCUGUGCCUUUUGUUCAUGCCCAUCACUCCAGUGAUGUUCAGAGUGAGCUCAAAUACAAAGCUGAACACGUAAAGCAAAGAGGUCAUUACGUGGGUGUUCCGACGAUGAGAGAUGAUCCUAAACUGGUUUGGUUUGAGCAUGCAGGCCAGAUUCAGAAUGACAGACUGUACAAAGAGGACUAUCAUAAAACAAAGGCCAGAAUCCACAUACCUGCUGAUAUGGUGUCAGUGCUGGCCGCCAAGGAGGGGCAGGCCCUUGCCAGUGGUAUUGAUUACCGUAAUUACCUGCACCAGUGGACGUGCCACCCUGACCAAAACGACGUCAUCCAGGCAAGGAAGGCCUACGACCUACAGAGCGAUAAUGUCUACAAAGCUGACCUGGAGUGGCUCCGAGGCAUUGGCUGGAUGCCCCUGGAUUCUGUGGACCAUGUGAGGGUUACUAGGAACCAGGAAAUGGUGAAUCAGAUAAAAUAUAAGAAAGAUGCUCUUGACAACUAUCCUAACUUUACAAGUGUGGUGGAUCCCCCAGCAAUUGUUUUGGCUAAGAUUAACUCAGUCAAUCAAAGUGAUGUAAAAUAUAAAGAAACAUUUAAUAAACUAUUAAAGGGCAAGUAUACAUUUUCUCCAGAUACACCACAUAUCACUCACUCCAGAGACAUGGGAAAACUCUAUAGUACCAUACUGUACAAAGGUGCGUGGGAGGGAACCAAGGCCUACGGCUACACCCUGGAUGAGCGCUAUAUUCCCAUUGUUGGAGCCAAGCAUGCCGACUUGGUGAACAGUGAGCUUAAAUACAAAGAGACCUAUGAGAAGCAGAAGGGUCACUACCUGGCUGGAAAAGAAAUCAGUGAGUUCCCUGGUGUAGUUCACUGCCUGGAUUUCCAAAAGAUGAGGAGUGUGCUGAACUACAGAAGAGAUUAUGAGGACACCAAAGCAAAUGUUCAUAUCCCCAAUGAUAUGAUGAAUCACGUGCUGGCCAAAAGGUGCCAGUACAUCCUCAGUGACCUGGAAUACCGACACUACUUCCACCAGUGGACGUCUCUCCUGGAAGAACCCAGUGUUACACGGGCCAGAAAUGCGCAGGAGAUCUUGAGUGAUAAUGUGUAUAAAGAUGACUUGAACUGGCUGAAGGGCAUUGGGUGCUACGUCUGGGAUACACCGCAGAUCCUCCAAGCCAAGAAAGCAUAUGACCUCCAGAGCCAGAUACAAUACACAGCAGGAGGUAAAGAAAAUCUACAGAAUUAUAACCUGGUCACUGAUACCCCACUGUACGUGACUGCUCAUCAGAGCGGCAUUAAUGCCAGUGAGGUGAAAUAUAAGGAAAAUUAUCAUCAGAUUAAAGACAAAUAUACAACAGUUCUAAAAACAGUGGAUUAUGACAGAACCAAGAACCUGAAGAAUCUGUAUAGCAGUAACCUGUACAAGGAGGCCUGGGAUAAAGUAAAAGCUACCAGCUACAUCCUGUCUUCCAACACCAUGUCCAUGAGACAUGCCAAGAACCAGAAGCAUCUAGCCAGCAAUAUCAAAUAUCGGGAAGAAUAUGAAAAGUUCAAAGCUCUUUACACUUUACCAAGAAGCGUUGAAGAUGAUCCAAACACAGCUCGGUGUCUCAGAGUUGGCAAGUUUAACAUUGAUCGCCUGUACAGAUCGGUUUAUGAAAAGAACAAGAUGAAAAUCCACAUUGUGCCUGACAUGGUAGAGAUGAUUACUGCCAAGGACACUCAGAAGAAAGUCAGUGAGGUCGAUUACCGCCUACACCUCCAUGAGUGGAUUUGCCACCCUGACUUGCAAGUCAACAGUCAUGUCAGAAAAGUCACAGAUCAGAUCAGCGAUAUUGUGUACAAGGAUGACCUCACCUGGCUGAAAGGCAUUGGCUGCUACAUCUGGGACACUCCUGAAAUUCUCCAUGCCAACCACGCAUAUGAUAUACGCAAUGAUAUCAAGUACAAAGCUCAUGCACAGAAAACCAUGAAUGACUACAAGUUGGUCACCGACACUCCAGUCUACGUCCAGGCUGUGAAAAGUGGGAAGCAACUAAGUGAUGCUGUCUACCACUACAACUACAUCCACAGUGUCAGAGGCAAAGUGGCUCCAACUACGAAAACUGUGGACCUGGACCGGGCCCUCCAUGCACACAAGCUCCAAGAUGAGAAUCUGUACCGAGGAGCUGGCCGCCGUGCCCUGCCUACUGGAUAUAGGCUUCCAGUUGACACCCGUCACUUCAAACACAGCAAGGACACCCGAUACAUGAGCAGUUAUUUCAAGUACAAAGAAGUUUAUGAACACAUCAAGGCCAAUGGGUAUACACUUGGCCCCAAUGAUGUUCCAUUUGUCAAUGUCCGGAGGGUCAACAAUGUUACCAGUGAGAGACUGUAUCGACAGUUGUACCACAAGCUGAAAGAUAAGAUUCACACAACUCCUGACACACCUGAAAUCCGCCAAGUCAAGAAGACACAAGAGGCUGUCAGUGAGUUGAUCUACAAAUCGGACUUCUUCAAGAUGCAAGGCCACAUGAUCUCGAUGCCAUACACACCCCAAGUGAUCCAUUGCCGCUAUGUGGGGGACAUUACCAGUGAUAUUAAAUACAAAGAGGACUUGAGGGUCCUAAGGGGCCUGGGCUGCUUCCUGUAUGACACUCCCGACAUGGUCCGCUCCCGACACCUGAGGAAGCUCUGGUCUAAUUACCUAUACACUGAUCAUGCAAGGAAGAUUCGAGACAAAUACCAAGUGGUGCUUGACACUCCACAAUACAGAAAAGUGCAGGAACUGAAGACGCAUCUGAGUGAGCUGGCGUACAGAGCUACAGGCAGGAAGCAGAAGUCAAUCUUCACCUCCAUCCCUGAUACUCCUGAUGUUUUAAGAGCCAAGCGAGGGCAGAAGCUUCAGAGUCAGUAUCUGUAUGUUGAACUUGCCACCAAAGAGAGACCCCAUCAUCACGCCGGAAACCAGACCAGAGCCCUGAAACACGCUAAAGACGUGAAGGACAUGGUCAGCGAGACAAAGUACAAGAUUCAAUAUGAGAAGAUGAAGGACAAGUACACCCCAGUUCUAGAUACGCCAAUCCUCAUCAGAGCCAAGAAGGCUUACUGGAAUGCCAGUGAUCUACGCUACAAAGAAACAUUUCAAAAGACCAAAGGGAAAUACCACACCGUGAAGGAUGCUCUGGAUAUUGUUUAUCAUCGCAAAGUCACAGACGACAUCAGCAAAGUGAAAUACAAGGAGGCCUAUAUGAGUCAGCUGGGAAUCUGGACGUCCAUCCCUGACCGUCCUGAGCACUUCCACCAUCGGGCAGUCACUGAUGCAGUCAGCAAUGUAAAAUACAAGGAAGAUUGGACCUGGCUUAAAGGCAUUGGUUGUUAUGCCUAUGAUACCCCUGACUUCACUCUGGCUGAAAAGAACAAGACUCUCUAUAGCAAGUAUAAAUAUAAAGAAGUAUUCGAAAGGACAAAGUCAGAUUUCAAGUAUGUCCCAGAUUGUCCAAUCAAUAGGCAUUUCAAGUAUGCAACUCAGUUGAUGAAUGAGAAAAAAUACAGAUCUGAUUAUGAGAAGCGGAAAGAUAAAUACCACCUAGUAGUCGAUGAGCCUAGACAUCUGCUGGCUAAGAUCGCAGGCGACCAGAUCAGUCAGAUCAAAUACAGGAAAAACUAUGAAAAAUCAAAGGACAAAUUCACCUCAGUUGUGGACACCCCAGAACACCUGCGUACCACAAAAGUCAACAAACAGAUCAGUGAUAUACUUUAUAAGUUGGAAUACAACAAGGCCAGGCCCAGAGGCUACACCACCAUCCAUGACACGCCCAUGCUGCUGCAUGUCCGAAAGGUCAAGGAUGAAGUCAGCGACCUGAAAUACAAAGAAGUUUACCAGAGAAAUAAAUCCAACUGCACCAUUGUGCCCGAUGCUGUCCAUAUCAAAGCAGCCAAGGAUGCCUACAAAGUCAACACCAAUCUGGACUACAAGAAGCUGUACGAAGCCAGCAAAGCCCACUGGAGGUGGAUCCCCGACAGACCGGACUUCAUCCAGGCCGCCAAGUCAUCCCUGCAGCAAAGCGAUUUUGAAUAUAAGCUGGACCGAGAGUUCCUCAAGGGUUGCAAGAUUUCUGUAACUGAUGAUAAAGACAUGGUGCUGGCGCUGAAGAAUUCCUUAAUAGAAAGUGAUCUGAAAUACAAAGAAAAACACGUAAAGGAAAGAGGAACCUGUCAUGCUGUGCCUGACACUCCUCAGAUCCUCCUGGCAAAAACCGUCAGCGGUCUGGUGUCCGAGAACAAGUACAAGGACUACGUCAAGAAGCACUUGGCCCAGGGCUCAUACACAACACUGCCGGAGACCCGGGACACUGUUCACGUCAAGGAAGUGACCAAGCACGUCAGUGAUACAAAUUACAAAAAGAAGUUUGUCAAGGAGAAAGGGAAGUCCAACUACUCCAUCAUGCUGGAGCCCCCGGAGGUGAAGCACGCUAUGGAGGUGGCCAGGAAGCAGAGUGACGUUGCUUACAAAAAAGAUGCCAAAGAAAACCUGCAUUACACCACCGUGGCUGAUCGGCCAGACAUCAAGAAGGCCACACAGGCCGCCAAACAGGCCAGCGAGGUGGAGUACAGAGCCAAGCACCGCAAGGAAGGCAGCCAUGGGCUAAGCAUGCUCGGCCGCCCGGACAUUGAAAUGGCCAAGAAGGCCGCCAAGCUGAGCAGCCAGGUUAAAUACCGUGAAAAUUUCGACAAAGAGAAGGGCAAGACACCAAAAUACAAUCCCAAAGACAGCCAGCUCUACAAAGUCAUGCAAGAUGCUAACAAUCUUGCGAGCGAGGUUAAGUACAAGGCUGACCUGAAGAAACUCCACAAACCUGUGACUGACAUGAAGGAAUCCCUGAUAAUGAACCACGUCCUAAGUACAAGCCAACUUGCCAGCUCUUACCAAUACAAGAAGAAAUAUGAGAAGAGUAAAGGCCAUUACCACACCAUACCCGAUAACCUGGAGCAGCUUCACCUAAAAGAGGCCACAGAGUUGCAGAGCAUAGUGAAAUACAAAGAAAAGUAUGAAAAGGAACGAGGAAAACCCAUGUUGGACUUUGAAACACCAACAUACAUCACCGCCAAGGAGUCUCAGCAGAUGCAAAGUGGGAAAGAAUAUAGGAAAGAUUAUGAAGAGACCAUUAAAGGCAGAAACCUGACUGGCCUGGAGGUCACACCAGCUUUAUUACAUGUCAAAUAUGCAACCAAAAUAGCCAGCGAGAAAGAGUACAGGAGAGAUCUGGAGGAAAGCAUCCGUGGGAAAGGUCUCAGUGAAAUGGAAGAUACACCUGACAUGCUAAGAGCAAAGAACGCCACUCAGAUCCUCAAUGAGAAAGAAUAUAAGAGGGACCUGGAGCUGGAAGUGAAAGGAAGAGGCCUGACUGCCAUGGCCAACGGGACUCCUGACUUUAUGAGGGCCAAGAAUGCGACUGAUAUUGCCAGUCAGAUUAAGUAUAAGCAAUCAGCAGAAAUGGAAAAAGCCAAUUUCACUUCUGUGGUUGAUACUCCAGAAAUUAUUCAUGCCCAACAAGUUAAGAACCUUUCAAGCCAGAAAAAGUACAAGGAAGAUGCGGAGAAGUGCAUGUCGUAUUACGAAACUGUUUUGGACACCCCGGAGAUGCAGAGAGUCCGGGAGAACCAGAAGAACUUCAGCCUUCUCCAGUACCAGUGUGACCUUAAAAACAGUAAGGGAAAAAUCACAGUUGUUCAAGACACACCAGAAAUACUGCGGGUUAAGGAAAAUCAAAAGAAUUUCAGCUCGGUUUUAUAUAAAGAGGACCUCUCACCAGGAACAGCAAUUGGAAAGACACCAGAGAUGCUGAGAGUGAAGCAAACACAGGACCACAUUAGCUCGGUGAAGUAUAAGGAAACAGUUGGACAAGGAACUCCAGUCCCUGACCUGCCUGAAGUAAAACGCAUCAAGGAGACGCAGAAGCACAUCAGCUCGGUUAUGUACAAAGAAAAUCCAGGAACAGGCAUUCCAACCCCUGUCACUCCAGAAAUUGAGAGAGUGAAACGCAAUCAGGAGAACUUCAGCUCGGUUUUGUACAAAGAAAAUUUGGGGAAAGGAACCCCAACCCCUGUCACUCCAGAGAUGGAGAGAGUCAAACGCAAUCAAGAGAACUUUAGCUCGGUGCUAUACAAAGAAAACCUGGGCAAGGGAACCCCUUUACCUGUCACUCCAGAGAUGGAGAGAGUCAAACACAAUCAAGAAAAUAUUAGCUCGAUUUUGUACAAAGAGAAUGUGGGGAAAGCCACCCCAACCCCUGUCACUCCAGAGAUGCAGAGAGUCAAACGCAAUCAAGAGAACAUUAGCUCGGUGUUAUACAAAGAGAACCUGGGGAAAGCGACUCCCACACCCAUCACUCCUGAGAUGGAAAGAGUCAAACGCAAUCAAGAAAACUUUAGCUCGGUAUUGUACAAAGAGAAUAUGAGAAAAGCGACUUCGACACCUGUUACUCCAGAGAUGGAGAGAGCUAAGCGCAACCAAGAAAACAUUAGCUCGGUUCUUUACUCUGACAGCUUUCGGAAACAAAUACAAGGCAAAGCUGCCUACAUCUUGGACACCCCAGAGAUGAGGCGGGUGAGGGAGACCCAGCGCCACAUCUCAACGGUGAAAUACCACGAAGACUUCGAGAAACACAAGGGUUGCUUCACGCCAGUGGUGACGGACCCUAUCACUGAGCGAGUAAAGAAGAACACACAGGACUUCAGUGACAUCAACUACCGAGGCAUUCAGAGAAAAGUGGUAGAGAUGGAACAAAAACGGAAUGACCAGGAUCAGGAGACUAUUACAGGUCUGCGUGUCUGGCGUACUAAUCCUGGCUCAGUGUUUGACUAUGAUCCAGCAGAAGACAACAUUCAGUCCCGAAGCUUACACAUGAUUAAUGCCCAAGCUCAGCGCCGGAGCAGGGAACAGUCGCGGUCCGCCAGUGCGCUGAGCAUCAGUGGUGGCGAGGAGAAGUCUGAGCAUUCAGAAGCAGCCGACCACCACCUCUCCACCUACAGUGACGGGGGCAUCUUCUUCUCUGCAACUUCAGCAGCUUACAAACAUGCAAAAACCACAGAGCUCCCACAGCAACGCUCAUCUUCAGUUGCCACCCAACAGACAACAGUAUCCUCUAUCCCAUCUCAUCCAUCUACUGCUGGGAAAAUCUUCCGUGCCAUAUAUGACUAUAUGGCUGCUGAUGCAGAUGAGGUGUCCUUCAGAGAUGGAGAUGCUAUUGUUAAUGUUCAAGCUAUUGAUGAAGGUUGGAUGUAUGGCACUGUACAGAGGACUGGCAGGACCGGCAUGCUCCCAGCCAACUACGUGGAAGCUAUUUAGGUAUUCCAAAGCAUCACACCUGCCUGGAGGACCUACAAAUCCUGCAGUCAAUAUUUCAGUUUAGACUCUUCAUUGUUAUCCAUGUUCUCAAUCUGCCUGUUUUUGUGUGUAUGAUUUAUAGUUGUACUGUCCCAUUUCUAUAUGAACCCCAAUACUUCUCUAGAAAAGCAGAUGUUAGUAUCACCAAUCUGUCCAGUUAUUAAGCUAAAUUUACUUCAUUAUUUUUUGGACUUGCACAUUAAAUUUAAGAGACAUUAAAUCCAUAGGGUCAUUUUUUAAAUUGCCAUCAACUUUUCCUUUGGGUUUUGUAAUAAGCUUAAUUUCAGAAGACAUUUAAAAAUUUUCUGCAAUUAUUAUAUUGCUGUAUCAACCCAGUCUUUCUGCAUUAUGAAAAUGUUAACAUUAUUUUUCUAAAACAAGGAUUCUGAACAUUUAAACAAGAAAAAAAGUCACCUUUUCCUUGCUUACGGAAUGCUGAUGCUUUUAUUUCUACUCUAGUUCUUGUUAUUAAGCUUUUAGUCAAUAUAAACUGGUGAUAAGCUAUAACUAAUAAAAUCUGUAAUUCUGCAACAAACA